UACCACCAUACCAGUAACCAGUUGAUUUGUCAUUUUAGUUGUUUCGUUACUGCGAAACUGUUCGUAGGUUGUAUUGUUAAACAUUGUAUUCCGUGCAUCAAUUUCACGUAAUUUAAUAUUUGUGGAAUGGUACAGUUGGUGUAAUUUUGCACAGAGUUAACAUCUGAUAUCUCUAGAUUCCUCUAAAUAAUAAUUUUUGCUAUUAUUUAAAUGUAAAAUGUCUGACAUAACUGCGAAAAAACUUAAUUCCGAAUGGAUAAAUUUAAAUGUAGGAGGAAAAGUUUUUACGACUACUCUCAGCACAUUAAUUAAUAAAGAACCUGGUAGUAUGUUAGCUAGAAUGUUUUCUAUGGGAUCAGAAGGCUUUCAUUUGAAUCCUAGUAAUACUGACAGCAGUGGGGCUUAUUUAAUAGAUCGCAGCCCAAUUUAUUUUGAACCGAUUAUUAACUAUUUAAGACACGGGCAAUUGGUUUACGAUCAGAAUAUAAAUCCUUUGGGAAUACUAGAAGAAGCAAAAUUUUAUGGAAUCGACAGUUUAAUUCCACAGUUGGAAACAAUCAUUGAAGCCAGCCAAGUUGAAAAAGAGCCUGAAACAAAUCAACCUUUGACAAGGAGAGAUGUUGUCAAAGUUUUAAUUCGAACUUCACAUGAACAUCAAUUACGUUUUCAAGGUGUUAAUAUGGCAGGGGCUGAUUUAAGCAGACUUGAUUUGAGACACAUCAACUUUAAGUAUGCAAAUUUGCGGGGUUGUAAUUUACAAGGUGCUAAUUUGAGUUACUGCUGCUUAGAAAGAUCAGAUUUUUCUCAUGCUAAUAUGGAAGGUGCACUGUUGUUUUCAGUAAAAGGACUUUGUGCAAACAUGGAAGGUGCUAACCUAAAAGGUUGCAAUUUUGAAGACCCUCUGGGAAUUCGUGCAAAUUUAGAAGGUGUUACUCUGAAAGGGGCAAACCUGGAAAAUAGUAAUAUGGCUGGAAUCAAUCUUCGAGUUGCAAAUUUAAAACAUGCUAAUCUCCAAAAUUGUGAUCUUAGAGCAGCUGUGCUUGCAGGCGCAGAUUUAGAAUUCUGCAAUUUAUCUGGAAGUGAUUUGCAUGAAGCAAAUUUAAGAGGUGCUAACUUGAAGGAUGCUUCUUUAGAAUUAAUGCUAACGCCGUUACAUAUGUCACAAGCUAUUCGUUAAUUAUUUACUAGAUAUAAAAUAUCAUUUUAAGUAUAUUUUCUAUUUAAGUACAUAGAUAUAUCAUAUUUUAAUUUAUGUAUAUUUAUAGCUAUGCAAUCUCAGUUCUCAUGCAUUGUUACUAGUAAUUUCCACAUUGCUGUGCAUGUAAGGGUUAAUAUUGGGUUGUGUUUUUUGAAAUGAUGUCUAUGAGACCAAAAAAAUACAGAUGAAUCUUUAAUCCCUUAAUUAAUAAAUACCCUUCAAAUUCUUAUACAUAUAAUAAUAAUAUUUGAAUGGUAUUUUUUUAUUGAGUUGGAAAUAUGAAUUGUAUCAUAUUUAUUGAUUUAAGUGAGUCUCUUAGAGAGAGUAAUACGGGUAAUUAUUAAUUUAAAUAAAUG